AUGGGACUGGCUCCUGAACGUAGCUCGGAGGCAAAAGUUGCGGAGCUAUUCAGAGAUACUUCUACAAGAUGGGUUACUGAUAAGGUGGAGAGACUAUUCCCUAUGCUGAUAGGAGAGAUCAUGACCAUCAAACCAAGCAAGUGGGGAGGGAAAGACAAACGUGUCUGGCUCAACCAUAAAUCAGGUGCCCAUUCCACUAAAACAGGGUACUACGCGGCUUUGGCAAUGAAUAAACCUGACUUGCUAGAACCUCUCCAACCAGCUCAAGAAUGGUUAGAUGAUGUCUGGAAGAUAACUACCUCCCUGAAGAUUAAGCUGCUGAGUUGGAAGAUAAAGCAUGGAGCAAUUCCCGUCGGUGAUAUUUUAAUGGCUAGACACAUCAAAGCCAAUGUGAAAUGCAUUCACUGUGAAGACUCUGAAUCUAUCCUACAUUUAUUUUUCCACUGCCCUUUUGCUCAAAAGGUUUGGGAGUUAUUGCCAGUGGUGACCGGUUUUGAUCCUAUGCGCAUUAACUCCUUUAAUGAAGGCUGGAAAUUGGCAUUGAAGGCUACCAUACUCCCACCUACCGGAAUUAAUGACUGCCCUCUCAUCCCUUGGGUGAUCUCUACAAUUUGGACAACAAGGAAUUUCAAGAUUUUUCAAAAGAGACACUUCACAGCCCAGGAAGUAAUGACUAAAGCUAUAGUGGAUGCUAAAGAGUGGAAGGCGGCACAAAUCAUACCUCCUCCCCUGCCCCAAGGCCCUCCCAAGAGGAUUCAGGAUGCAGCUUCAGUAAUCCUCUGUUGUUCCGAUGGAGCUUGGAAUAAGGAUCUGAAUACUGCAGGUAUGGGGUGGAGUUUCUCCGAUUUUCGAAAUGAGAGAUUUUGCUCUCACAGUGACUCUUCGAUGUAUGUUUGUUCAUCUCUUGUGGCGGAGGGAUUGGCAAUACGUCUGGCGAUGGAACACGCAAUCGCUUUGCAGCUUAGACAGGUGGUCUUUGAAUCGGAUUCUCUACAGUUGGUCUCGGCGAUUGUAGAUCGAUCAAGCUUCAACGACCUCCAUGGGAUUCUGGCUGAUAUCUAUCUUCUCUCUAAGCAGUUUGACUCUGUUUCCUUUCGUUAUGUUAAUCGCUCCUCUCUGUGUUUUGAGGAUAAUUUGGCAAAACAGGCCCUCUUAGGCCCUGUUAGAAACCCAUGUUAA